GGUCCUGCGUCUUUUAGUUGUGUUUAAAAAAAUAUGAACUUAAAUCAACAUCUAAUUGUAGAAUAAAAUAAAAUAUCAAAAUAGACCGCAAAACUGAAAUAAAAUAGCUGAAUGAUUCUACUGUCGCUUAAUAUUGGAGUAAUUUUGAUAUUGAAUGAAACGUCUAAUAAAAUAAAGACAUCGUUAUAGUAAACUGCCAUGUUUAUUUAAAGAAAAUCCAUUGCUCUCGCUUUCUUACUACUACUCUCAUUCAUUAAUUUUAUCCAUUUACAAAAUCUACGCCCGAGAUACUAUGCAAACUUGGUGGCAAUUUACAAAGUUAAUCCAAGAACAACUUCUGUUAACAAUUUGUCAGUAAAUAAUACCUAAUCUAAGAGUACAAUUGCGGUAUACCGAGAAGGCUUGUAUAAAUUGUAUAUUUACUCAGAUGGCGGUUAUACCGAUGACCUAAGUUAUAUUUAACGGCAUCGCUGCAUACUGGCGCAAAUGCCAAAACUACUCAGCAUUAUUUACAGUGCAUAAAGUAAACCGUUUAGACACCUCUCAACGUUUGUACAGUUUCUUCCACUUUUUUCUAUCAACGUCUUUAUGCGAUAUCCAGUUUGCAUUAAAAUCAAACAGCAUUAUUAAAGUUAUAGAUUUUGCGAAAUAAAUUAAAUAUUUUUAAUUCUUAUUUAAACUUGCAUUUAAUAAAAUGUUCUGUUUAGUGGAAGUUCCAUUAGAAUUAAUAAUCGAAUAUUAAUUUCUUGAAUCGAAAAAAAUUAUUAAGCUUGCCAAUUUAGUCAAGCAAAUAUUUAAAGCUUGUAUGAUCUAGGAUGGAUUUCAUAUCAAUAAUUCUUCUACCAAAAGAAGAUUGUAAAGAGAUUAUCAAUUGAGAAAUUAUUAUAAAAGUAUUAUUAUAAACGAGGAGAAUGUUUUACUCCAUUAUACAUUUGUUCCAUAACGCCUGAGAUUGAUGAAAGUGAAGUAACAAUGAAAAGAAAGAAAUUACUAUUGCUACGACAAGCUUACUUUUGUUACGAAACUGGUAAAUAGCAAAUGAAAGAAGGAUGACAGUCUCGUACCAGUAUCAAGUGGCAAACUCUACCAGAGGUGGAUUCACCAGGCUUCUUUUUAUGUGGAGAGGAUCACUGUAUAAGCUCAUCUAUAGAGAAUUACUCUUAUUCCUGAUACUCUUUGCAGCAAUCUCCACUGUUUACCGUCAUAUACUCAGUAUCAAACUGAAAAGAGAAUUCGAAAAGAUUGUCAUUUAUUGCGAUAAUUUUAUUAAUUUAAUUCCAUUAAGUUUCGUUCUUGGAUUCUACGUGUCUUACGUUGCUCAAAGAUGGUGGCAACAAUAUCAAGCGAUACCUUGGCCUGAUAAGGUAAUGCAUUUAAUUGCUUUGUACGUUACUGGAAACGAUGAAUACGCUCGUACGCUCCGAAGAGCUCUGAUGCGCUACUUGAAUCUUUCCCUGAUACUUGUUUUACGUUCGAUCAGUUCGGCGGUGAAAAAACGAUUCCCAACGCUCGAUCACGUCGUUGAUUCUGGUUUUAUGACAGCGUUUGAAUUGGAUUUAUUUUUGGCAGUACCAAGCUUAGAAUUCAACACUUAUUGGAUCCCUUGCACAUGGUUUAUCAACCUUCUAAAAGAAGCGCGUCAUAAUCACAGAAUUCCCGAUCCUCAGGGAUUAAAAUUAAUUAUGGAGGAAUUCAGCGAAUUUCGUACAAAAUGUGGCCUUUUAUGGAGCUAUGAUUGGAUAUCAAUUCCGUUAGUUUACACACAAGUAGUGACAUUAGCGACGUACAGUUUCUUUGCCGUGGCCUUAAUAGCUCGUCAGUACAUCGAUGGUAAAGAGAAACAAUUCCAGCUGCAGAUUGACAUUUACAUACCUGUUUUUACUCUGCUACAAUUUUUCUUUUUCAUGGGCUUGUUAAAGGUAGCGGAACAAUUAAUUAAUCCUUUUGGCGAUGACGACGAAGAUUUCGAAUUGAAUUGGAUAAUUGAUCGCCAUACAAAAGUAUCAUACCUUGGAGUAGAUACCCUUAUGAAUCGUUGUCCACCAUUGGUCAAAGAUAUUUACUAUGACGCUGAAAAUCUAAUUUUACCAUACACUGAAGCAGCGGCUGCUUACAAAAAGAAAACUUAUCGCGGUAGUGUGGCACACAUGACAGUUCCCGAGGAAAAGCAAACCAUGUUUCUACCAGAUGUUAUAGAAGAGGACGAAGAGGACGUAAAACCGUCACACCACACAUCAACGAUGAGUUUAGCUACUCAUCCUAAUGACAGCCCACCGUGUGAAAGGCGCCAGAUCAGCCCGCGCCCUGAAACACCUACGAAAAUUGAUCAAACUUGUCCUGAGACAAUUUUACAGUUUGAUAUUCAGGAACCAUCGGUCCACACCGACCAAAUAGAACAAAGAGCGAAAAAUAUAGCAGACACUAUAAAGAAAUUUUCAUCUUUAGGAAAGUAUUCGUUGCCACGAAUUGAUUCAAGUCGAAAGCCAUUUUUCACGCUAACAAAAAGCCCUAAGUUGGUUAUACAACCUUGGCCGAGUGCGUCCAAUUUAUCAAUACCCUCGAGACAAAUCAUAGACACACCUUCCGUUUACAUGGAUAAUCUAAAUCCAUGGAGAGACUAUAGUCCAAAAGUUGCACUACCACACUCUUUUGAUGUUGGUAGUUCGGAACAUUCCCCGGAAGAGGAAGGGCAAUACGACUUCGAAAGUGUAUAUCCAUCAGACGAUACUGCUAUAAACCCAAGUGACAGUCCUCAUUCAGAUACAUGCCAAUUACAGUGCCAACAUUACGGUACUUCUUAUUUAACGCUGCCAGAAACACCUUUGUCAAUCCCGUCGAAAGCAACGAUGCCGAAAAACAAAAGCCCCAAGUUUCUUAUAAGAAGACAUAAAUCAAUGGGGACAGGUAGAAAAAAAGGUAUUCAAUGGAAACAGAUCGUGAAAACUACUAAGAAACAUACACCAGAUGAUAUGCCGAAAACCGAACGAAGCUUAUCUCGUUCGAGGAGCUCGCUAAAUUUAAAAUUAAAAGAAACAUCACCGAAUACAAACAAAGACGAUAUAUCUGAUACAGACGCAUCGGGCGAAGAAGGAUGAGUCUAAAGAUUGUAAUUACACAUCUAUGUGAUAAUUAUUAAGAAAUAUAAAAUAAUGCAUUGUAUAAAAGUAUUUAUCAGUAUAAAAUGGCGUGUUGUAUUCUCCAUUUGA